UCUCUACUUAUAAUAAUAGUCGACGACGACAGAACCCACCCGCUCUUUUCUCUCUCCUCUCCGAUCGGAAAGGGGGAACAAAUAUCAAACCAACAAAAAACCCUAAUUCUCUAGAAAUCCCCCAAAUCUUUCAAAUUUUUUCGCCCUCGCCCUCUUCCAAACCCUAAUCGAUAAUUUCGCUGUGGAAUUCAAGAAUUAGAUGUUGAGAUUCGCCCCCCCUUCUUCUUCAGUUCGAUCCUAGGGUUUCAGAUCGAUUAAUGGUUUUGCGUAAACUUUUUCAGAUACAACGCGCUAGAAUCUUGAAUUGUCACUUCUUAGGCUCGACCUGUCAUUUUGAUUUUUUGCGCUGUUGAAUGCCAUUAGAGUUUUAGUUCGUAGCUGAAUCCUGUCGUUUUUAGUUUCUCGCUUUAGGAAUGAGUUCAGAGAUCGAGGAUAAGGUGUUCCUGCCCGAAUCUCAAAAGAGCUCGAGGGUAUCAUAUUCUAGAGAUUUUCUGCUGUCUUUGAGCCAGUUGGAAGCUUGCAAGAAGUUACCUAGUGGGUUCCAUCCAUCGUUCCUCAGUGAGCUUGGAGAUGAUAGUAGCUCGGGGAUUGAUCGGCAAAGAAAUUUAGGGACAUACGUACGAAGAAACCAGGGGAGAUGGGAUAGCCAGUCCUCUGGAUCGAGCGACAAAGAUGGGGAUUUGCAAUCUGAUCGGGAUACUGUAGAUUCUGAUAGGCAAUUUGCUCGACGUUAUCAGCAAAAUUCAGAGCAUGACGGGCUAUUGGGAAGUGGUGCAUUUCCUAGACCUACAGGAUACUCAGCGGGAAAGGCUCGAGUAAAUGGCCCUUAUCAACUUAAUAGGAGCACUGAACCUUAUCAGCCUCCACGACCAUAUAAGGCCAUUCCUUAUUCGCGGAAAGAUAAUACUGAUUCAUAUAAUGAUGAAACAUUUGGGUCUAGUGAAUGUUCAGGUGAGGACAGAGCAGAAGAAGAAAAGAAGAGAAGAGAAUCAUUUGAGUUAAUGAGGAAGGAGCAACAUAAAGCAUUGCAACAGAAGCACAAACAGGGUCUUGAUAAUCAUAAAGAAAAUCUUGAUACUGAUAUCAGUGCACUAUUAGCGAAUUCUGCAGAUGAAAAUAGCAUGAGUAAAAGCAAGUCAGAUGAACCUGGAAUAGCUUCCCUCUCCCGUACUAAUUCUUCUAGUUCUAGUUUACACAUACAAGCUCCAGCAUCGAGGCCACCCGUUCCACCUGGUUUUAGAAGUUCUUUAGUUGACAAAAACCUUUCUGUCCAAUGUUCAACUACUUCCCUUACAUCUGAGGGGAAUACUAUAAUUGGGAGCAAACAUUCUCUUAACAUCAUGGAUAAUAAUCAGGAUAACAUCUGCAUACCAGCUGCUUCUACACCUGUAAACUUGGGUGAAAGUGCACCCAAGGUUUCUUAUCAAUUGUCGAUUGAUGCAAAUGAAAAGCGUACGGUUCCCAUAAUUGGUGCCGAAGUUUUGAAGCCUUCGGCAGAUUUUGAAAAAACGUCAAGUAACGCAGCUGUGCAGGAAGCCAGUCAGGUUUGGGAAGAUGAUUUUGUUAUCAUGAAUGACUCCUCAUGCAAGAAAGGGCCCACAUGUGAAAGAAUAAAUGCAGUUAAUCAAGACAGCACUACAACAAUUCUCGAAAAAUUAUUUAGCAGUGCGUUAUCAAAAAAUUAUGCAAGUUCGCCUAAUAGUCUUGAGCAUCAAGGUGUUAAAGCUGACAAGGAAAAAUGGGAUCCUGUGUUAUCUGAAUCUUCCAUGUCUGCUCAUUGGUUUUCUGAAAAUGAGAAAAAAUUUGAGGAUUUUUCAUCCAGAGAGUUGCUCUCUUUAAUUGUCAGUAAUGAGAAAUCAGGUUCGCUGGUGUCUACAGCUGAUGAAAAGGCUGGUCAAAACAUCCCGCUAAAGUUGACUUCUGAAAGUGUUGUUAAUCCAUCGAAACUCCCAACAAUCCCUGUAACAUGCUCAGUUACUUCUGUUCCUGAAAAUUGUUCCUUGAGUGAUAAAAAGAGCCCAAAUUCGACUGUGCUCACGUGCGAGGAUCUUGAGCAGUCCAUCUUAGCUGAGGUGAAAAUUACCAAACCAGAUCAGCAUCACUCUGAUCAGGGAGGUUGGAUUCCAGCUGAUGGUAAAUCUGAAAGAAUGAAAGCUGUUAUUGAUGACCGUGCAUCAAACCAUCUCCUUUCUUUGUUACAGAAUCGAACAGGCUUGGAAAAUUCAAUAUCUUCUUGCCCGCUUGGUAUUGAAUCUGCUGACAGCUUUUGUGGCUCUAAAGUAAAGCCUCUUUUUGAUCAUAUUUCUGGUAACACUGCUGUUAAAAUUCCUGAGAAGGUCAGUAGCUCUGAGAAGACACUUACACUUGAAGCAUUAUUUGGGGCAUCAUUUAUGAAUGCUCUGCAUUCAGCAGAAGCCCCAGUCUCGGCUCAGAGAGGUUCAGUUGACACAGUAAAUAACACUGAAGUUAUGCAACCUCAUGGAGUGUCUCUUGUUGAGGCCGUAAAACCCGCUGACAUGGGUACUGAGGAGGAAGAAGCUGGGGAAAUUCAACUGCCAGAGGAAGAUAGUCUAAUUACUGUUAGUGAUACUGUGAAUGCUGUAACCACUGACCCUUUCUCUUUCAACAAUGUGCAUAAACCUGAGGUAUUCUUGCCUGAAAACAAUAAUGUGGAAAAUAAUGAUAAAUUUAUUAAUGCUAUCUUCAGAGACAAAGAAAGAUUAAGGAAACAUGUUUCAGAUGUUCCAGUUCAUCUUCAGAAGGAACCAUUAAAGAUGGUUGAUCCUAGUGAUCUUUAUCGUCAAUUACAUGGUAGACCAUCUUCACACUUUCCUCAUCAGAUAGAUCAAUCAAGGCCUUUGUUUCCCCCACUGGAUCAUCCUUUUCAUAUCAAUCCUCAGAUGAAGUUAGCAGGUCAAAAUGGCAUGCAUCAUGAUCCUCACCUUCCUUUUCAUGAGAAUCUUAUUCCUCGGCAAGAUUUCAACCAUGCGGGUGCGCCGAGAGUGGAUCCUGCAGCUUUUCAUUAUUCUAUGUUACAGAACAUGCCAGCUCCAGCGAAUUUUCAUCCGCAUCAUCCGAUGCAGAGCUUGCCAAGAGGUUUACCGCCAUCUUAUCCAAUGAAUCACACACCUGGGUACAUGCAUGAGAUGAACACUAUGCACAAUUUUUCUUUACAUAACCGACAGCCGGAUUAUAAUGGCGGCCCAGCAAUGGGAUUACGUGGGCCUGUUGUCGGUGGUGGUGUGGGCGCUCACCCAGAAGCUCUUGAAAGGUUGAUUCAGAUGGAGAUGAGAGCUAAUUCGAAGCACCUCCAACCUCCAGUUGGUCACCACAUUCCUGGAGUUUAUGAACCUGAGAACAUAAAUUUCAGGUAUAGGUGAAUUCUUAAGUAAGCUGCUCAUGUGUGAAUUUCCUGUAGUAUACAGAAUGUGUACUUUUUUCCAGCGUGUAUUCUCCUAGUCCUUCCCAUCUCCUUCC